AUGGUUUUGAUUCAAGAAACAAAAAGGGAAGUUGUUUCAGAAAAGUUUGUGAGAUCGGUGUGGCCAAGCACUACUUUUGAUUUUGUUGAAGUGGAUGCUAUCGGAAGUGCUGGAGGUCUUCUCUGUAUUUGGAACCCAGAUCUUUUUAGUCUCAGAAGUUUGUGUGGUAAUCGCAAUUUUAUUCUUUUAGAAGGUAUAAUUUCCCUUAAUUUCUCCUGCUCAAUUGUGAAUAUUUAUGGCCCUAAUGAUGUGGUUGCUGGACAAGGUUUUUGGAAAACUUUACUAUAUGUUAAAAACGACUAUGUAUACCCAUGGUGCAUUGGGGGAGAUUUUAAUGAGAUUAGAACUCUGGGUGAAAGGCAGGGAACUAUGAGGAGAGAGAGAGGAAUGGGGCAUUUUAAUGAAUUUGUUGACCUGAUGGAAUUAGUGGAUCUGCCAUUGAUGGGAAGGAAGGAGGUAGUAAAGAAAUCUUGGGAAGAUAAUACUAUUGAUGGUUGGGCAGGGUUUAGGGUGUUCAGGAAAAUGAAGGAAUUGAAGGGCAAAUUGAAAGAGUGGAAUUACUCUGUUUUUGGAAAUAUUCAUGAUAAAGUGAAGAGCAUUGAAGAUCAAAUUCAUUCUUUGGAUCUAGUAGCAGAGAAUAGCCCAUUAAAUGAUGCAGAUAUUUUAAAAAGAAAAGAGUUAAAAUCAGAGCUCUAG